AUGGUGCCCAUCCCGGGGACGCUGCAUCCCCGGGUGACCCCGUCUCCGCUGGAAAAAAUCCGCCCAGCGGGCCCCCUGCUCCUUCCCCGCCGAGCCCAGCCGCCCGGUCGAGGUGGGUGCCGCUGCCGGCCCGACCCGCCCGUGGAAAAUCGAAGGCCGGGCCCCUGGCCGCCCCGGCACCCGGCCCACCCCGGGCAAACCCCGGACGCCGCGUCCGAUGGUACCCACCCCGGGGACCCUGCGUCCCCGCUUGACCCCCUGGCAGCAGGACGAAAGACCCCUCCCGAUAAACACCGCUUACAACACGCAAGUCAAUGCGAAAUUCACACCGAGGGCGACACCGGACGACCCGACGGCGCAGCGGCGGAGGGCUCGGGCCGCCCUGGGCAAACCGAGGACGGCGAAUCCGAUGGUGCCCACCGCGGGGAGCCUGCGCCCUCGGACGACCCCGUUCUCGCGGGAAACAGUCCGGCGAGCGGACCCCCGGCCCCUUCCCCCGCUGUCGGCCGAUCCGACGGUCAGAAUCUCCUGCCGACUCCUGGCUGGGUGAGCGGGGGUGUCGGCUCGGCAUGCGGGGCGCUGUCGGCCCGCUGCGUCGAGAUCUGCCGGUCGGAAUCGUCUGCCGACGCCCGGGUGGGUGAGCGGGAGGGUCGGCUCGGCAUGCGGGGCGCUGUCGGCCCGCUGCGUCGAGAUCUGCCCGUCACAAUCUCCCGCCAUCUCCUGCGUGGGUGA